CAACACUUUUGGCAGCUUCGUCACCAGUAUCCGCUCACGCAUCAUCGUCCUCAUCACCAGCAUCACCCCGCCUCUCUCUGCGUAAUGUCUGAAAUCGGUUACGCACAGGAUGAAUACGGAAGGCCGUUCAUCGUCGUACGAGAGCAGGGCAAGAAGACGCGAGCCACAGGCGUAGAGGCGAUCAAGAACCACAUCAGUGCAGCAAAGACAGUCUCUUCUAUUCUCAGGACAUCCCUGGGUCCAAGAGGACUGGACAAGAUCCUCAUCUCGCCAGAUGGUGAGAUCCAGGUGACAAAUGAUGGAGCUACCAUCAUGAACAACAUGGAGCUCGACCAUCAGAUUGCCAAGCUCCUGGUGGAGCUGAGCAAGAGCCAGGACGAUGAGAUCGGAGACGGAACAACGGGCGUCGUUGUCCUUGCUGGAGCGCUCCUCGAGCAGGCAGAAACACUCCUGGAUAGAGGUAUCCACCCUAUCAGGAUCGCUGAUGGAUACGAGCGAGCCUGCGCAAUCGCCGUCGCAGCUUUGGAGAAGGUGGCAGACAGAGUUGACUUCAGCCUCGAGGACAGAGGAGAGUUGAUCAAGGUUGCCAAGACAUCUCUGGGUAGCAAGAUCGUCUCCAAGGCCUCCGACCUCUUCGCGAAUAUUGCAGUGGACUCGGUGCUCUCUGUUGCGGACCUUGAGAGGAGAGACGUUGACUUCGAGUUGAUCAAGGUGGACGGCAAGAUCGGAGGUUCAAUGGAGGAUACGACCUUGGUGCACGGUGUUGUAGUGGACAAGGACUUUUCGCACCCUCAGAUGCCUCGGGAAGUCAAGGAUGCCAAGAUUGCUAUCCUGACCUGCCCCUUCGAGCCUCCUCGUCCAAAGACGAAGCACAAGCUCGAUAUCUCGUCGGUGGAAGAGUACAAGAAGCUGCAGGAGUACGAGCGGAAGACGUUCGAGGACAUGAUCAAGAGGGUCAAGGACUGUGGAGCCAACCUGGUCAUCUGUCAGUGGGGCUUUGACGACGAGGCCAACCACUUGCUGCUACAACAUGACCUGCCAGCAGUGAGGUGGGUGGGAGGCCCCGAAAUUGAGCUGAUCGCUAUUGCUACAAAUGGUCGCAUCGUUCCGCGCUUCGAGGAUCUCUCGCCAGAGAAGCUAGGAUCGGCAGGCAAGGUCAAGGAAGUCACAUUCGGUACCACGCGGGAUCGCAUGCUCAUCGUCGAGGAGUGUGCCAACCCUCGAGCAGUCACAGUCUUCGUUCGUGGAUCCAACAAGAUGAUCAUCGACGAGGCCAAGCGAGCGCUUCACGACGCCAUCUGCGUCGUGCGCAACCUCGUGGUCGACAACCGGGUGGUUUAUGGAGGGGGUGCGGCUGAGAUUGUGGGUUCGGUGGCGGUGACCAAGGCAGCAGACGAGAUUGCAACGCUAGAGCAGUACGCCAUGAGGGCCUUCGCCUCAGCCUUGGACGCCAUUCCCCUCGCUCUGGCCGAGAACUCUGGAUACCCGCCCAUCGAGACGCUGGCCGAAGUCAAGAGCCGACAGGUCCUGGAGGGCGACCCGAAGCUGGGCAUCGACUGUAUGGGUCAUGGUGACAACGACAUGAAGAGGUGCAGGGUCUUUGAUCCUCUGCAGAGCAAGAGGCAACAGCUGCUACUAGCCACGCAGCUGGUGAGGGCAGUGUUGAAGGUGGACGACGUGAUUGAGCAGCACGACAUGGAGUGAACUGGGGAGAUUUGAGGGCGCUCUAGAAGACUCUGGGCCUCACACUGUACUAUCCAAAACAAAAGAGAGCUUGCAGUAUCAAUCUUCCGUAGCUCGAAACCCGCG